ACAAAUAACACGAGAUGCCGUAGACAAAAUGGUAGAGUUUAAAGCUAGCGAGAGGAAACACAUUGGUUUUGAUUUUUAAGUGACCUUAUUAAUAAGCCAGUUACCAACCGCACUUCUCUUUGUUUGAAAUUCUGAAUGUAGACAAAAUAAGAGAACCCAUAAUAACCAUGACUGCCCUUAAAAAUCGAGAGCAACCUGGAGAAGAGAAAGCCACUUCCUUUCACUUUCACAGUAGAAACCCAAAUGCAGCUAAGACAAACCUUUCGCAAGACCAAGGUCUUUCUUAACAAAGGCUUCCGAAAUUUCUUGUCUUUCUUCUUUGAAGAGUACCAAAAGCUUCCCAGAUCUUUUUCCUUCAAUCCAUUCCUUUGUAGAGUUGGCAAUGCAAGAACUCGCACGAGCGACCAGUUUUACAGUGAGUUUUAUGAUCUCCUGCAGACUGAUCUCAACCGAAUAAACAUGUAUGGUAACAACAACAGGCCCGGGUCAGCAAUGGAAGCUGCUUCAUGCACUGAAAGCUCCGUUUGUUUUUCCAGGCAAAGACUGCAAAAGAGCAAGAACGAGGAGAGAGCACAAGAGAAGAAGAAGAAAGGAAGCUCACAGGUCGGAAAAAAAGAGGACUUCAAUUCAGAAAACAUGAACAAGAAAGUUCAUGUUUUAGCACAAAAGAUGAAGGCAAUGGAUAUGGUGGAUGCGGGUGAUCUAGAGCGUGUGCUAGACAUAGAAGAGGCACUGCACUACUAUUCUCGACUUAAGAGCCCUGUCUAUGUAGAUAUUGUGGACACUUUUUUCAUGAACAUGCAAUCAGAGUUAUCUGCUUCGCAGCCAUGUGCCAGCAGCAUCAAACCCUCCAAGGAAAGGCUUGGUCCAAUCCAGUUCAGAUAACGUUUCCAGUUAGCCACAUUACAAAUUUAACAGCUUAUAGGGAAUUAAUGAGAGUUUAGUUUAACUCCCACUAUUCCCAGGUUUCUUUUCUUUCAGGGUACUAUCUGGUUAUUGCUUCAAUAAUCCACAUUGUCCAUGCAUAAUAGUGUUUUCUUGCAGCAGAGGAAUCUGACUUUCUUGCUUGCAAAUUGUCCCAUUUCUCAGGCGUACUUGGAUCAUAUGAAUUUUUUGCUUUUGUUUAGUUAACUGUGCAAGAAAAGACAAUCAUAUUUUUAACUUUCCAGCCAUU